AUGUCUGGCCCUGAAAGCGCCCAUGCCGGAGGUGGCUACGACCUUCUGAGGAGGGCAACUCAAGCAAUGAUGUCAAAAACCGCCGCGACGGACGAGGAUGGCGCGGAUCACAUCGGCUUUGAAACCCCUCGAUCCGGCAUAGCCACUCCUCACCCCGACCCUCAAGAUAAACGCCUGCCCGGAAUCAUGAGCUACUUUGCCCAGAGCGGCCCGCCCACUCCUACCAGGGCCCUCUCUACAGCCCAACCAGCCCCAGACAGUAGGGACACCACUCCCAAUGGAUCCGGCACUGAUGGCGCCGAGACAAGUGGCACGCAGACUCCCAAGAACUCUGGAGCCGCUCAGUCGGCCAAGGGGAGAUUGACCAUCAAGAUCGUUGAGGCGCGAGGAAUUCGCAAGAGCCGUGACCCUUACGUCGUGGCCGUGUUCCAGCGGAGUGAGCUCAUCUCUGGUGGACCUCAUGCCAUCGAGGAGGAGGAACAUGUCAUAGGAACACCGGCUGGUCUCGGCGCAAUCCCAAUGAAGCGUCAAGUAAGCGAUUCUGGCAGGCCUAUGGCAAUCCCAAUGCGCAGCCGUCAGAGCAGCAACACCAGCAUUAGUGACUACAACACAUUCCGCAACCGAACCUCCCGGACCCUUUACUCAAGUCCUAAGUGGGACGCAGAAGCUGUCUUCGAUGUCGUCGAUUCGGAUUUGCAGGUAGACGUUUCGGUAUAUGACCAUGCCGCAAAUGGAGAGGAUUUCCUGGGCCAUGUCAACCUCGAGGCCAAAAAGGAUAGCCCUGUCAAGGGAUGGUUUGCGCUGCAGGGACACGCAAACACCACCGUCGACAACAUUCCGACGGGCGAGAUAUUUGUCGAGGUCACCUACCAGAGGACGGAAAGGAAGCACUUCGGUCCCACCGACUUCGAGGUCCUCAAGCUCAUCGGCAAGGGCACUUUUGGCCAAGUCUACCAAGUUCGAAAGAAGGAUACCCAACGAAUUUAUGCUAUGAAGGUCUUGCAGAAGAAGGUCAUUGUCCAGAAGAAAGAGGUUGCACACACCGUGGGGGAGCGAAACAUUCUCGUUCGCACAGCUACGUCUGAUUCGCCGUUCAUCGUUGGACUAAAAUUCUCAUUCCAAACACCAUCUGAACUGUAUUUGGUGACCGAUUACAUGUCUGGUGGAGAGCUGUUCUGGCACCUCCAGAAGGAAGGCCGAUUCGAUGAGAAGCGAGCCAAAUUCUACAUCGCCGAGCUUAUCUUGGCAAUUCAGCAUCUCCACAACAACGACAUUGUCUACCGAGACCUCAAGCCCGAAAACAUUCUGCUGGAUGCGAAUGGUCACAUUGCGCUUUGUGACUUUGGGCUGUCCAAGGCAAAUCUCACAAAGAACGACACCACCAACACCUUUUGUGGGACUACGGAAUACCUCGCACCUGAAGUCCUUCUCGAUGAGUCAGGAUACACGAAAAUGGUCGACUUCUGGUCGCUCGGCGUCUUGGUGUUUGAGAUGUGCUGCGGAUGGAGCCCCUUUUACGCCGAGGACACCCAACAAAUGUACAAGAACAUUGCCUUCGGCAAGGUUCGGUUCCCGCGUGACACGCUUUCUCAGGAGGGCCGCAACUUUGUCAAGGGGUUGCUUAAUAGAAAUCCCAAACACAGACUAGGAGCAACAGACGAUGCUGAAGAGCUUAAACGCCACCCCUUCUUCAACGACAUUGACUGGAACCUCCUCGCCAAGAAGCUCAUCUCUCCACCCUUCAAGCCAAAGUUGAAGUCGGCAACGGACGUGUCAUAUUUCGACCCAGAAUUCACUACCGCCCUGGAUCAGAAUGGCUCUCUCAAUGAGCGAGCUGCUGCACUGGCGAGAGGAUACGCCGCCUCUACACCGCUCUCACCAUCGGUGCAGGCAAACUUUCAUGGGUUCACCUACGUUGAUGAAAGCGCACUGGAUGAUCACAUGCGUGACUUGUCGAGAAACGACGACGAAGAUAUGGAUGACGCUCACGCCAACGGUGACGAUGAUUGGGAUAAUCUAGAGGAUAUCGAUCCCCGACAGGCCAACAGGAUGAGUGGCAUUGUCAAAUCUGGACACGACGAACAAAUGGUUGGAGGCGCGCAUUUUGACCCGUAA